AUGAUAAUAAUAUUAUCAUUUGGAGCUUGUUUACGCUUGAGCUUGCUACAGAUCUUGAAAGAGCAUAAAAAUGAAGUGAAGUAUCUUCAGCUGACAAGGAACCAAAAGUUCAUAGUUUCUAGCUUAAAUGAAAAAACAAUCAGAAUUUGGGAUUUUUAUGAGCAGAAUGCAGGUCGCUGUUUAGAAAGAACACGAAAAAAGAGUGAGACGCAUAGAAAUGUACAAAUGACUAGCAAAUAUAGAAAUUCCCAUAGAUGGUGCUGUUUGCCCUUGAUUUGCCCAUGAGAAAAAUUUUUUGGUUUGGCCAAACCAUAUGGGAUUGGUCGAACCAAAAAAUUUCCCCAGUGGGAAAAAAUCAAGGGCAAACAGCGCCAUCUAUGGGAAAUUUCUAUACAUAGUUUCGGGAUCCGGCGAUUGCACUGUAAGAGUUUGGAAUAUCAAAGAAAGAAGGCAAGAGAGAGUUCUGAAAGGGCAUGAAUUUGCCAUUUGCUGCAUAAAAAUAGCAGGCAAAGAUAAUUUUUUUGUGACGCCUUCGAAUGAUAAAACAGUCCUGGUAUGAAAAAUUGGCGAAGUUGUUAUUCGAAAACAAAACGCAUUAAGCAAGAAAAAUUCAUUGAAGGUCUAUGGCUAUGAUUCAGGAAUAUCAAAUCAUAUUUUCAUGAAAAAGCUUAUCAACAGGGUCGUCCCUGAAACUGCUAUGAUAGCUGCAGAAAUUGGCCCGAUGAAAAUAAACUUCCUUCUUUACUACAGCUUCUAUGACUUGGCUGACUUAUUAAGAAAAGCUCAAGACCUAGGCGCGGCAAUGUUUCGGGACAAUUUCAAUAGGAGCUCUUUAUAUUACGCAAUCGAGCGGCAAUCCUGAGAAUGCUUUUUCUUCACCAUCUAA